UCAGAAGCAGGCUGGACCCCAGACUGUCCCACAGGAGGACAGAGCAGAGGACAGGGGACAGAGCACAGAGGGGACAGAGCACAGAGGGGACAGAGUCUGGGGCUGCCACGUGUUUGUAGUCCUUCAGCAGAUCAGCUGUUUAUGCAACAACAAGCUGCAGGCACUGUGCGUCAGCUGUCAGUCACAAAGCAUGGCAGUCAGUGCAACCAGAGCCGCAGUCGGGUUCAUAGUGUCCGGGGUCCUCAUGCUGGUUUUCGGGACCCUCCUGGCCUUUGUGGGACCCAUAAUCAUCGACGACCAGGUAGUCAAGAACACGGUGAUCGACCCGAAGAACGAGAUGUCCUACACCAUGUGGAAGGGUCCCGUGCCGUUCUUCAUGUCCGUCUACUUCUUCAACGUCCUCAACCCGAAGGAGAUCCUGAAGGGGGAGAAGCCGAUGGUGGAGCAGAGAGGACCCUUCGUCUACAGGAAACGCAUCCAGAAGGACAACAUCACGUUUCACUCCAACGGGACGGUUUCCUACAGAGAAUACAGACGGUACUUCUUCGAGCCGUCCAUGUCUUCAGGGAACGAGUCUGAAGUCGUCACCAUUCCAAACAUGUUGGUGCUGGGCGCAGCAGUGAUGAUGGAGAAUCUUCCCUUCGCGGUGCGUUUAAUGAUCAGCGCCACCUUCAAGACCUUCAAAGAGGGGCCGUUCCUGACCAAGACGGUCGGGGAGCUGAUGUGGGGCUACGACAGCGGACUGGUGGAUUUCCUCAACAAGUACCUGCCCGGCAUGCUGCCCUCCACGGGGAAGUUCGGACUCUUCGCUGAGUUCAACAACUCCAACACCGGCCUGUUCACCAUCCACACCGGACAGGACGACAUCAGGAACGUCCACAAAGUCGACUCCUGGAACGGCCUGACGAAGCUGAGCAACUGGAACUCUCCUCAAUGCAACAUGAUCAACGGAACGGCUGGACAGAUGUGGCCUCCCUUCAUGACCAGAGAGAGCACGUUGCCGUUCUACAGCCCCGACGCCUGCCGAUCCCUGGAGCUGGUUUACCAGAGAGACGGCGUGAUGAAGGGAAUCCCUCUGUAUCGAUUCGUUGCACCCAAGACCAUGUUCGCCAACGGGUCGGACUACGCUCCCAACGAGGGCUUCUGCCCCUGCAGACAGUCCGGUCUGCUCAACGUGAGCAGCUGCAGACACAACUCUCCGGUCUUCAUCUCUCAUCCUCACUUCUUUAAUGCCGAUCCGGUGCUGCUGGACUUCGUGCAGGGACUUAAACCGACAGAGGACGAGCACGGCCUCUUCAUAGACAUCCAUCCACUCACGGGCGUCCCUCUGAACGUGUCCAUCCGCCUGCAGCUCAACCUCUACAUGAAGAGAGUGUCGGCUAUUACAGAAACUGGCAAGAUGGCUGAGGUGGUGAUGCCGAUGAUCUGGUUUGAGGAGAGCGGCUACAUCGACGGGCCCAUCCUCUCCACCUUCCACACCAACCUGGUGGUGCUUCCUGUUGUGAUGGAGGCCAUGCAGUACGGCUUCAUCGCCCUCGGCCUGGCCACCAUACUGAUCGCCGCCCUGAUGCACCACAGAAUGAAGAGGUCUCGUGCAAAUAUGACUUUAACGGGAGUGGACAACCCUGGGGUCACGGAUAAUGAGCGGGAAAAAGGCGCUCAUGACCAUGAAACAAAGGAGAAAUGUAUCAUAAAUAACUAAGAGAAGUGAAUGUGAAGAUGACAACACGUCAGACGGAAACAACAGCACUUCAACUGAAGAGAGAGACCCUCUACUCCAAGAUCAUAAG